AUGUUAGUGGACGGACAGUCCGCCGCCCUGAUGGUGCGGGACUGUCCCUGGGCGUGUGAGAGUGAUGUGAAUGAGUGUGAGGAGACUAAUGGUGGUUGUGAGGGCUCCUGCUGUAACACCAUUGGCAGCUAUUACUGCAAGUGUCCCAGCGGUCUGAAGCUUAAGGAGGAUGGCAAGUCAUGUCAAGACGUUGACGAAUGCCAGGUCCACAACGGAGGUUGCCAGCACAAGUGUGUGAACACACGGGGCUCCUACUACUGCGAGUGCAACCCAAGCUUCCGCCUACACACCGACGCACGCACCUGCCUGGCUGUGCUCUCGUGUGCGGUCAGCAAUGGCGGAUGCGAGCAGGAGUGUGUGCAGCUGUCCCAGGCUCAUUUCCAAUGUCGCUGCCGAAACAACUACCAGCUCGCUGCUGAUGGAAAGCGAUGCAAGUUGAGGAACCCCUGUGCCGAGCGAAAUGGGGGGUGCAUGCACACGUGCCGUAACGACGGUGGACACGCCCGCUGUGAGUGUAACCGUGGAUACCGCCUCGAGGAGGACAGCAGAAGCUGUGAAGAUGUUGACGAGUGUGAGACUGGACAGGCGGGGUGCGCCCAUGGAUGCCGGAACACCCCCGGCUCCUUCGCCUGCGUCUGUGACGCCGGGUACGAACUGGGCUCGGACAGCAGGAGAUGCUUCCGGAUUGAAAUGGAGAUCAUUAACAGUUGUGAGACGGGAAAUGGGGGCUGCUCUCAUCACUGUCAGCACUCCACCCUCGGGCCCGUCUGCAGCUGUAACUAUGGCUACCAGCUCGACGAUGACCUCAAGACCUGUUUGGACCUUGACGAAUGUGUGGAGGGCAGCUCCUGCUGUGAGCAGGACUGCACCAAUUACCCCGGGGGCUACGAGUGCUACUGCCGGGCCGGGUACCGGCUCAACGCAGACGGGUGUGGCUGUGACGAUGUGGACGAGUGUCUCUCCGAUCACGGAGGCUGUGAGAACACCUGCCAGAACACCGCCGGCUCCUACCUGUGCUACUGCCACAUCGGCCACCGGCUGGCCGAGGACCGCCACUCCUGCAUCCCCCUGGAAGGUUCCGUGGAGGCCCUGUCCAGCCGGCGUGCGGUGGAGCGCAGGCUGCCUCAGAUCACGCUGCUGCGGGACUUCGCCCAGCCGCUGGAGCGCUAUGACGACUACGAGGAGGAUGGCCUGGGAGAGCUGCGCGCCGAGAGCACACUGUCAGAGAAGUUUGUUUGCUUAGAUGACACGUUUGGCCAUGACUGCAGUUUGACCUGCGAAGACUGCUCCAACGGAGGCUUGUGUAAUCUCGAGCAAGAUGGCUGUGAUUGCCCUGAUGGCUGGACAGGGAUCCUCUGUAACCAGACCUGCCCAGAGGGCAUGUUCGGGAGGAACUGCUCCUUCAGCUGUAAGUGUAAGAAUGGUGCCACGUGUGAUCCAGUGAGUGGGCAGUGCCGGUGCCCACCUGGCGUCAGCGGAGAGAUGUGCCAGGAUGGCUGCCCAAAGGGCUUUUAUGGCAAGUAUUGCAACAAGAGGUGCAACUGUGCCAAUAAUGGACGUUGCCAUCGCACCUACGGGGCUUGCCUGUGUGAUCCUGGACUCUACGGAAGGUUCUGCCACCUACCGUGUCCAAAGUGGGCUUACGGUCCAGGCUGCUCCGAGGAGUGCAAGUGUGUGCAGCAGAACACUCUAGAAUGUCACCGUCGUCACGGCACCUGUGUGUGCAAACCAGGCUACCAGGGCAAGACGUGCAGUGAUGAGUGUGAAAGUGGACAUUAUGGCGCUGGGUGUAAGAGGAGAUGUGACUGUCCAUCUGGAGUGUCCUGUGAUCGUGUGAUGGGGCUUUGUCAGCGCCACUGUCCUGCUGGUCUGCAUGGAGAAAACUGUGAACUGGAGUGUGCCAUUGGCAGAUACGGGCAAGGCUGCGCUCAGCUCUGUGACUGCUCCGAUGCGGAGUGUGACAAGGUGACCGGGGAAUGCCACUGCCCAGCGGGCAGCACUGGCGAGCACUGCGAGAUGGAGUGUGUGGAGGGACGCUGGGGCUUGGGCUGUGCCGAGGCGUGCCCCCUGUGUGAGAACGGCGCGACGUGCGACAAACACAACGGCUCCUGCCUCUGCCAGCCGGGCUACGUGGGAAAUCUGUGUCAGAGCGUGUGCCCCGCGGGACGCUUCGGGCCCGAGUGCCAGGAGCGCUGCUCGUGUGAGAACGGGCGGUGCCACCACGUCACCGGCCGCUGUGCCUGCGCCGAGGGCUGGACAGGGCACGACUGCAGCAAAGCGUGCGAGCCGGGGCACUGGGGGGCAGACUGCGCCAACGCUUGCGACUGCAGGAGGGGCGAUGGGAGCUGCCACCCUCUCACGGGCCAGUGCCAAUGCGAGGCGGGCUUCACCGGGACGCACUGUGACCAGGAGUGCCCGGCGGGCUCUUUUGGCGCGGGCUGCCAGAGUCGGUGCCAGUGUGAGAACGGUGCCGCUUGCGAGCAUGUGAGCGGCGCUUGUACGUGCCUGCCAGGGUGGACCGGGACCUACUGUGAAAAACCCUGUCCUGACGGCUUCCACGGUCUGGAGUGUCAGCAGAAGUGUGACUGCCUGAACGGCGGGCGCUGCCACCAUGUAUCCGGAGCGUGCCUCUGCCCCGCAGGCUGGACCGGCACCCGCUGUGCCACCCCGUGCGAGGAGGGGGCCUAUGGCCUCGGGUGCAACCAGACGUGUGUUUGCCAUAACAGCGCCAGCUGUGACCCAACCAACGGGCAGUGCCAGUGCUCAGCAGGCUGGAUGGGCCCCAGCUGCAAACAAGCAUGUCCGGCUGGCACCUACGGACUGGCCUGCCGCCAGCGCUGUCUGUGUCAGAACGGCGGGCGAUGUGACCGCGUCACCGGGCUCUGCUCCUGCACCGGCGGGUGGAGCGGAGAGGCCUGCGAGCUGGAGUGUGCCCAGGGCCGGUUUGGGCCAGACUGUCAGCAGGCGUGCAGCUGUGAGAACGGAGGCCUGUGCGACCGCCUGACUGGACUGUGCUCCUGUCGGCCAGGCUGGGUUGGAAAGCGCUGUGAAAAAGCAUGCAGUGCGGGGCAGUAUGGUCCAGGCUGUUCUCGUCGGUGCAAGUGUGAGCACAACGCUGCGUGUGACCACACCACUGGACUCUGCCUGUGUCCCGCAGGCUGGAGAGGACCACAGUGUAAAAGACCCUGUUUGCCGGGCUCCUUUGGGAAGGACUGUGCCCAGCGCUGCUCCUGUCCCCAGGGCUCCUCCUGUAACCACAUCACUGGGGAGUGCGGCUGUCCCGCCGGCUUCACCGGCAACGGCUGCGAACAGACCUGCCAGCCUGGCACCUACGGCCUGAACUGUAACCAGGUGUGCCAGUGCUCCGCUGCCAACCAGCUGUGCCAUCCCAUCACUGGCCGCUGCUACUGUGCCCCAGGUUUCCAUGGCAGCAACUGCGACAAAAACUGCAAGGAGGGUCGUUACGGGCCAAACUGCGAGCGCAAGUGCCAGUGUCUGAACAACGGCGUGUGCCUGGCGUCCACUGGCACCUGUGAGUGCCCUGCUGGGUACAUAGGAGCAAACUGCAACAUCACAUGCCCACCGGGCCGGUACGGGAAGGACUGUGCCCAGAUGGCGCUGUGUGGCGAGGGAGCGAGGAGUGAUCCGGUCUCUGGCAGAUGUGUGUGUAAGGCCGGCCAGCGCGGGGAAGACUGUGGACAAGGUUGCGUGCCUGGCUGGUUUGGAGAGGACUGUGCCCAGCGCUGUGUGUGCAGUAACGGGGGCGUGUGUGACCCGGUCUCUGGACGCUGCACCUGCGGACUGGGCUGGAGCGGCCCCAGCUGUGACACAGAGUGUCCUCUGGGCAGAUAUGGAGUGGACUGCAAGCAGCAGUGUGGCUGUGUGAACAAUGGCACGUGUGACCGGGUGACGGGCGAGUGCCACUGUGGACCAGGCUACUACGGCCACCUCUGUGAGCACGCAUGCCCAGCAGGCUUCUACGGGCCUCGCUGCCAGAAGCUCUGUGACUGUCGCGGGAACUCACGCUGCGAACCCAGCACUGGACGCUGCCUGUGUCCACCUGGCUACCACGGCCCCCGCUGUGAGAAAGUGUGUGAGCAGGGCCGAUUCGGGGAGGACUGCUCUCAGGCCUGUGACUGCGAGGCCGGCGCCCCCUGCGACCCCAGGAACGGCAUCUGCCUGUGCCCCCCGGGGAGGAUGGGCGCCCGAUGCGACCUCAACUGCGGACUGAGCCGCUACGGACCGGACUGCGUGCAGAGCUGCGAGUGUGCGAGCGGCGGCCAGUGCGACCCACGCAACGGACGCUGCACCUGCCUGCAAGGCUGGUUCGGCCUGAGCUGCAGCGAAGGAGGGCCCCUUAAGUCUGGUCCUCAGAUCAACAGGCUUCCGGGGAGAACAUAGGACAUGGUCCUUACUCCUCCGGUCAGGAAUUCAGUCUGUUACAUGGGCCAGCUGCCGUCCCACGCGAUCCACCAUCUCGCCACAUCCUGACCUGACCCUCCAGAGGACAAAUGAAGUCAUUAGGCAGAUGCCUUUAUUGAAGUUACACUACAGGUAAGGUAUGCAUUUGAUACAUCUGAUCAGGAAGUACUGUUGGCACUUGAGCCGCAGCACCAAGACUAAGCCUGACCUUGCUGGUUAGAGACCAAACCAAAGACUACACGAUGGUAGCGACUCGAGGCCGGGAAACAAAUGUGUGAGAUGGAAGCUGUAAAAGUGGACAAAAUGGACCAAGUGUGAGGAAAAGAGAAAAAUAAGGAUGGAACCUCUUUCCUAUGAAUCCCCAGUCUGGGUAUUCAAGAGACAUUACUGUAAAUUAAGCAAAUCCACAAUUUCAUAUUUUAUACAUAUUUUGUUUGUUUUUUUAACGGAUUGCAUUGCUAAGUUUGACUUUUGAUAAAUUGAGUAUACUAUGUGCUUACUUAUAUCACUUAACACUAUAACCAAACAUAAUGCCAAGAAGAAUUAACAUACAAAACAUAUCAUGAGGAGGAAGGAAUGGUUUCUCCUCAAAAAAUGUACUGUAUCUGUUGUUUGUCUUUUCAUAUGUCUUAACCAGAAGAGUUCUUGUCAGGCACGCUAACAAUGUUUCCAGGCUUUUUCAUAGGCAUCCAAAAACAUGUCAGAUGUAUGGAAAAGUGUGUAUGUAUUUAUGAUGUACGUGUGAAAGUUUGAAAGACAAUAUUGUGUUCAGCACACCUUGUUAUUCAGUUAAAUGAAAUGCACAUUUUGCAAACAUUGGCAAUAUAUUAUUAUUAGUUAAGGGAUUUCUGGGCAUGUGGUCAGUGUAACACUCUUGCUGUUCUCACUCUAUGAAGAGCAAAGCACACAAUCCUUUUUACUGUAGGUCACAGUAUAACUGUUGAACAUCUUAUUUCUUCAGUCUAGUGAAGAAGCUCCAUCAUUUUAUGAGAAAGGAGUUACCCCAUAGCUCAACUUAAGUCAAACCCUCUGUGGGGUGUCCUACGAAGCAAGUUAGACAAAUCUAGGUUAUCUAGACAUAUCGAGGCUGCACAAAGCCUCAACUCGGGUAUUAAGUUAAGUGAUCCUACGACAGCAGGUAUGUGAUAAAUUUGUCAAACUAGGCUUUCAGCUCAGAUCUGUGCGCGUUCUCGUGGUUGGGGUGAUUUUGACCAAUCGGGAAACGUGGAGACGCACAAGACAGCCUAGGUUUAAAAACGAUUACUUCCGCAUUUAUGAGCGGUAGCGAAAUCUAGGGUGGUCUUUUUUAGUGUCUAACCUAUAACAUCAAAAAGUCGAUGGUCAUCAGAUAUUGUAUGCCAUGCAUGUCCAUAGUAGUGACAUAUUUGCACGCACAACAUAGUUAAAAGCGCCUUUGAGAUUCAAAAUGUUUGCAGAGGCGGGGCUGGACCUGUUCAAAGCAUGACAGAUUAGCACACGUGAGAUAACUUCGUUUCUCAAGAUAAUGGAUUGGUUAGAAUUGGUCAGAGGGCGGUGAUAUUUCACGAUUUGAGCUAUAACUAAGCACAUAACCCGCUCCCGAGCAGGUUUGGUUGCGAGCAUAAGAUACCAUGGUGAUACAGCGACGCUAAAACAAAUCCACUUUCGUAUGACAGCAUACCCUGGUUUUGAGCGCAACACACCUCGCUAAGCCACUAAUCGAGCUUCGUAGGACACCCCACAGGUGAAGUGAUUCUAAUAGUAGUAGCAUUGUUUAGCACAUUUUAGGUUGUUUUAUGUCAAUUGUUAUUAAUCACAAUAACAUGGAUCACAACUCUCCUAGAUUCUGAAUACCAUGUAUGAUCCCAGCCUGAUCAAUCUCAAAUCCAGUGGCUCAUAGUUUAUGUGUAACUCUGGUGAGGAAAAGGGAAACACAAAAGCAUGUAUUUUGUGCAUUUUGUAAAAAGAAGAAAAAAAGAAAAAGAUGUUUUUUUUUGGUAUUAAUCAAACUUACCAUUGAGUACCCUCGGGAUUGUUAUGAUUAAUGUUUUUAAGUAUCCUUGGCAUAGAUGGUUUUAGGGUGGAUGUCACACGUAAGAGUAGGUAAGCUGUCAGUUCUGAAGAUAACUAUGCCAGGGAUCAUAUCAGCACUUUCAUUUUAAGAGAGGAUGCCUACGUAUAUUUUUUGUAAAGUUGUCCAUCAAUAUGAUUGUAAAUGUAUUUCACUGAUUGAUUCUAAAGAUGGUUGUGUCUUACAAUAAACAAACA